UUCAUUGGAGAUGCCGGCAUCACAAUAGACGUGCCUAAGAUUGAACUGAUUCAAGAGGUGACGCGAUCCGGCUUCACUCCAAUAGAAUACCCAGCUCAUGAGAUCACCCGCGGCUUCGUGAAGAAGAGCUGCAGAGCGAGGAGGAUCCAUUACGGAAGAGAAAGCGAAGAAGAGGUUCGGAAACUGAGCGAGGUGAGGAAGAUGAAAAUUCUCGAUCGACGACGAAAAAGCACUCAGGAGAAUCCGAAUGGAAUACCCAUCAUGCAGGCAUUCCAGAAGGCUUAUCAAGAAGUUCGCUGUGGUCGACGUAGAUCCAUACAGGAUUUCGAAUUCUGUAAGGUGGCUCGCCAGCGACUGCUUCAUAAGAUGCAGUCACCAGCGAAGCCACAGAAAGCCGUGGCUUUCUGUGCUAUCAUAGCAGAAAAAGCCACUUUCAUGCAUACCACCACCUACAUUUCUCAUGGUACCAGCGAUGAUGUCAAUUAA